CCUUUCAAUCCGGCUCACCGUCGCUUUAAGUAUGCUCAACUCUAUCUCGAGACUCCUUUUUCGCCUCCGUCUGGGGUUUUAGGAGCCGAGAGGGAAGAGAGAGAGAGCGAGCGAAGGCAUCGACGACGAAGACGAGAGGAGACGUCAAGGAUUUAUGUCGUCUGGUUUUCUCGACUCAGCGUUCCUCUCUUCGUUGUUCUCAGAAAGCCGAGCUCGACCUCUUGGGAUCUCUCCUCUCCUUUGUUCGUUGCUUAGCCUCGCUGUUCUUUUCUCCUUCUCCUCCCCCUCCCGUAUGCGACGGAGGCCGGAGGGAUCGAAGACGGCUUCGAUGCGAUUUCGAUUUCCUCGUGUUCGGUUUGGAGUGAAAUAUCUUGGAUUCCAACAUAUAGAAAAUUUUCUCUUCAUCUUCUUGAGAGGCUGCCUCACUUGACAAAGUUAAUCGUGUUUUGUUUCCAAUUUUUCGUUUUUUUUUCGAUUUUGUUUCGUUUUCGGAGAGAAAAUAGAGAGGAGAAAAAAAAUGCCAGGGCCUCAAAGGCAUCUCAUGAAUCAAGAACGAAUGGUGAAGAGAAAAGAGGGGAAGAGGAGGACUAGCCAGAGAUCCGAGCUCCGUCCUCUCACAUAUGAACCCAAACCGAAACUGGUGAGAAAAAUCCGGAUCCAUUUUGACGAUCCGGAAGCCACCGAGUCCAGCGAAAGCGAGGAGGAGGAGGAGAGAGCGAUGAAGUCGAGUAGGAGACGGGUGAUCCAGGAGUUCUCCAUCCACCCGUUCGGUCCAUUUUCGUUCUCUGCCGAUGCUUCGUCCCAAGAGAGCGGCAAGCGAAACUUUAGGACUCCUAAAUGUUCCCAGAGGAAGGCCAAGGACCCCGGCUCGACGAGCUCGUCAUCCACCACCACGUCGUCGAGGCACAAGGGUGUUCGCCAGCGGCCGUGGGGGAAAUGGGCGGCCGAGAUCCGCGAUCCCAUCCGAGGGACUCGCGUCUGGCUGGGCACCUACGACACCGCCGAGGAGGCUGCCCUCGCCUAUGACGCCGCCGCCAAGCGCCUGCAAGCCGAGAAGAGCGGCCUCUCCGCCGCCUCCGCCACCACAACCACCGCGUCCGCCACCGUCUCCAACUCCUCGUGCCUCUCCGUUGGCUGCUCCGAGGCGGCGUCGCCCUCCUCGGUUCUCGAUGUCUCGGUCAGCCAGGCCCCGCCGGCGAAGGAGUCGACGGUGGAGGAGGAGCCGUCCAUCGCGGAGCUCUUCGCGGAGCAACCGCUGCUGCUACCGGGCCUGAUGGAACUGGACUUGGGUUUCGGAUCCGACCCGUUCCUCCCGGUGACCGACUUCGGCUCGGUCGACGACUUUCUGGCGCUCGGGGACCUUCCCCACCAGAUCGACGGCGGUGAUUUCGCAAGCAUAGACGCCUGGAUGGACCUGGAUCUCUAAGAGCGUGGGAAUUUUUGCAGUUCAGUUAAUAUUUAAUAAUAUCAUUAUUGUUAUAAAAUAGGCGUGCUUAGUUUGAGAUGUCGCGAGAGGAGGAGGGUCUAAAGUGGUUUGAGGAGAGGUGUUCCUUUUGUUUAUUUCGGUGUAUUCUGAGGAGAAGAAAAGGUAUGAUGGGUUUUGUUGUGUUAUGGGUGUGGGAGAAAAUUUCUUGGGUUUUUCCGAGCUACAAGAGCCGCCCCUAAGGAAUUUUUGGUCUGCACUUCCACACCUAAGCAUGGCUGUUGUCUUCUCUCUAUUUAUCUUUUUUUUUCUUCUGUUGUUUUCUUUUUCUCCAUGUCUUCUUUGCUUCAUUUGCUGUUAUGCACUAUCUUUCGGACAGUAUAAUGGAAGAGGCUUGUCUUUAUAUCA